AUGACAAGCUCUUCAAAUCACACCAACCUUAGAGACAUCUGGUACACCAUGAUGGGGAUCCCAGGACUGGAAGAUGCACACACGUGGAUCUCCAUCCCCAUCUGUUCCAUGUACAUAGUUGCUGUUAUAGGCAACACUCUCUUAUUAUUCCUGAUCUUCACUGAACACAGUCUUCAUGAACCCAUGUACCUCUUCCUCUCCAUGUUGGCCUUAGCGGAUAUUUUUCUCUCCACAGUCACCACACCAAAGAUGCUAGCAAUCUUCUGGUUCCAAAAUGGAGGAAUUUCUUUUGGUAGCUGUGUGUCCCAGAUGUUUUUCCUCCACUUCAUCUUUGUGGUAGAGUCUGCCAUAUUGUUGGCCAUGGCAUUUGACCGCUAUGUAGCCAUCUGUUAUCCACUAAGAUAUACUACCGUUCUAACCCCUUCAGUCAUUGGAAAAAUGGGUAUUGCAUCUGUGAUUAGGAGUUUCUUCAUCUGCUUCCCCUUGGUUUUUCUGGUUUAUCAGCUUACUUACUGUGGGAAGAACCUUAUUCGUCACUCUUGUGAACAUAUGGGCAUUGCCAGGCUAGCUUGUGAUAGUAUCAAAGUCAAUAUCUACUAUGGGGUGAUUGUGGCCCUAUUUUCCACAUGCCUGGAUGUGGUACUUAUCAUCAUCUCCUAUGCCUGUAUACUCUGUACUGUAUUUAGAAUUCCUUCCGAAGAUGCCCGACUGAAGGCUCUGGGUACUUGUGGCUCUCGUGUCUGUGUUAUCUUACUUUUCUGUACGCCAGCCUUUUUUUCAUUCUUUGCUCACCGAUUUGGGGGCCACAAUAUACCCCUCCAUGUACAUAUCCUCCUUGCCAAUCUUUACGUAGUGGUACCACCCUCUCUCAACCCCAUCAUUUAUGGAAUUAAGACCAAGCAAAUUAAGGAGAAGUUUAUUCAGGUGUUUUCUUUGAGCAAGAAAUUUUGCUGA